UGAGACGGAAGUUGUUGCGUUCACGCCUGUGUCCGUCAGCGAGCGCAGCGCUUUAAUCCUUCGCAUGUUCCUGUGCGUAUAACCUGUUAAUAAAGUUUCGCCAUGGCCGAUUUUAGUUCCAGCUUUGAUAUGCCGUCGGCUAGUUCGUCCGAGAACGCGGAGGCUGCGGAGCUCCAGCGUCUGAUCGCGGUGGAGCAGCAAAAGGCUCAGUUUCAAGCGCAGGUUCACAACUUCACGGAUGUUUGCUGGGAUAAGUGCGUGGAAAAACCGAGCUCCAAGCUGGACUCGCGAACGGAGACUUGUCUCGUCAGCUGCGUGGAGCGUUUCAUCGACACGACGCUCACCAUCACCAACCGCUUUACGCAGAUGGUCCAGAAGGGCGCGCACUGACUGAAGGACGCCGUCCUCAAGGACACCGCGCACUCUUCACGUUCCCGCUGGAUAUCCGGGAGGAUGCGCUUCAAAACGACUUAAAGCCUUUUUCCUCACGUGCUUCAAAAUGUUUAUGAUCAGCGCAUUGCUGUCAAACUAACACAGCCGUCGAAGAGAGACUAUUUUCUGCUGGAAGUGAUCGCUACGGGCAGUUCCGUGACUAGCUGUCCACGUCUGCUUUAAUUUUGACUGCAAAUAAAUCGAAUUUCAAAGAAACAAUCGUGAUUAAUAUUCUGUUUUGCAAACAACAGCUUUGUUUUGUAGAGAUUAACUGCAUAUUGGCACCGUAUCCAAUAUCGGCUAAUACUUUAUAAAUGAUAUUAUUUUUGCCUGUUUAGCAAAAAUAUAUCCCAUUUAAAUAUUUAUUUUGGAGAUUUUUUUUCCUUUAAUAAUCCAUAGGCUGGUUUUCGGCCAUUAUUGGUAAUGGCUUGAAUUUCAAUGCUAGUGUAUUCCUAAUACAUUUUGUAAUUACAUGUG